AUGGAAUGUUUCGAUGAUAAUUCGUCGUCUUCCUCCGACGAGGUAGCGCAGGCGAUCAUCAAUGAGAUCCAGGAGCAGGAACAAUUGCUUGCUGAAAUGUACUACCAACCGGCGCCGAAACGUGUUGUUCAUCACCGACAAUACGUCCACCGUGAUCGUGAGGCUGUCCAUUUAUGUCUUAUGCAAGACUACUUCAACGACAAUCCGACGCACGGGCUUACAUUUUUCCGACGUUGUUUUCGGAUGCAGAAGGAGUUGUUCUUGCGCAUCAUCGAGACUAUUCAAGGUGAAGAUACUUAUUUCCAGAUAAGCCAUGAUGCACAAGGUCGGGACUCUCUCACGCCUUUGCAGAAAUACACGGCGGCUUUCAGCCAAUUAGCCACCGACGUCAAUGCGGAUACUUUCAACGAGUAUCUCAAGGUCGCCGACACGACGGGGCGUCUAUACCUCAAGAGAUUCUGCAAGGCAGUCAUCCGGGCUUUCAGAGCCGAGUAUCUUCGACGUCCUACGCAGGCGGACAUCCAACGCCUUCUUCAGAUGCACGAGGCGCGACACGGAUUUUUCGGGAUGCUCGGGAGUCUUGAUUGGGAGCCCACCUUGAUCUUGGAGGCUGUUGCAUUCCAUGAUCUGUGGAUUUGGCAUGCCUUCUUCGAUGUCGCUGGUUCGAACAACGGCAUCAAUUUUCUGAACCAGUUGCCUCUCUUCUCUGACGUGUUGGAUGGAACGGCGGCACCGGUGGUCUUUGAGGCUAACCGGCGCUACUAUCAGAUGGGCUACUAUUUGUGCGACGGCAUAUAUCCGGAGUGGCGAUGCUUCGUCAAGAGUCAACCGAUGGCGACCAAUCUAAAGGAUGCGAGGUUCAAGAAGGAUGUCGAACGUGCCUUUGGAGUGCUUCAAGCUCGAUGGGGAAUCAUUCAAAGUCCGGCGCGGGGUUGGUACGUCGACAAUCUCAAGGAAAUCAUGAUGUGUUGCAUCAUUCUCCACAACAUGAUUGUUGAGAAAGAAGGUGAAAUAGCUGCCCAUUGGACAGAUGACGACGCAGGACACGGGGCGUCUAACAGUGACUCGUCUGAGAGUGCUCGAGCAACACCGGUUUGCUUCGAGGAAUACGUACAAAUAAAUGCAAUUUUUCGAGAUAGACAGAUACAUGCUCAGCUUCAACGUGAUUUGAUCGAGCACGUUUGGUACGUUUCAGACCUCUAG